AUGAAGCUUUCCCGUUGGUGUCUCGUUUUCUCUCUCCUCGGCGUGGUAUCUGCCUUCAAGACAAACUCGCUGGAUGAGGAGGACGACGAGGAAGACCCAGAUGAGGAGGAGCCUUGGGUGCCCGACGAUUACAGCUACGUAGCCGACCUGGCUGUGGCCUUCCCCGUCGUGAUCACCAAUAUCAGCAACUUCACAGGUUUGCUCUCUGGGCGAUAUGCCCCGCGCGAUGAAAACAUCACGCUCCACCUUGGCAACCAGUUUGAUGACUUGCGGGUCCUAUAUGACAAGGUGAGUGGCUUUUUCACCGCGCUCCAUGCGAGCAUGCCAGGCCAGGAUGGCCCACUGUUUUGUCCUCGGAACUCCUUCCCGCACAUCCGAGAGUGCAUCAUCAUCGCCAGCUGUCUCAUCGAAGACGCAACGCCGAACCACUUUGAAAUGUCGAUGUAUGCCUCGUACAUGGAGAUGCUUGACAGGUUUGUGGAACAGACCUGGCCGGUUUUGCAGAGACAAAUCACCAUCGAGCAAGCGGAGCCACACCUGCACUUGGCUACGCAGGUACCGGAUCAGUACCGUUGCGAUGCUUUUUCCAAGCCAGAGACCUACGAGGCAAGCCUCCUUCAAGUCCAAGAGGACUUGUCGUCCACCUUGGGUAUGUCUGCAGCCAUGGCACGUGCGACAGAUGUGACACAUAGGCUCCUGGAUGCGCACGUUGCAAACGCUUCCAUGGAUGCGAUGGUGGAGCAAAUCCAAAGUGUGUGGAAGCCAAUCUGCCACAAGCUCGGUUGCGACCACGAAAACUUUUGGGACAUCCACUUUGUUUCGCACUUGCAGACCAUGGCUCUCACAGACACCGACGAGGCCAAGACAUUGCGUGGCGAGGUUCGGAAGCGCCUCCGGCUGGAGCGCCGAGUCAAGAACUUUAUGGUCGAGCAUGUUCAGCGCUUUGCCUCAAUGCUGCAAAGCCAAACGUAUUCGCGUGCUGGUCGAUUCUUUGACUACAAUCAGAAGUCCAAGUCUGGGGUGGAGACCUGGAAGCGCUACGGGCAGAAAGGAAAAGAUGCCAUGAUGGAGUUCGUGAUGCCGUACACCACUGCUCUAGCUCAAGUCAAUCACACCCGUGCCACCCUGUUCUUUGACCAGGUGGAGUACCGGAAGUUCCAAGAAGAAGAGGACCGGGUUGAAAGAGCUCGCUGGACGCGAGGGGAUCCCCAGGCCGCCCCGGUGGCUAGAGCUUUGCUGGUGGCUCGAGAGUCAUCCAUCGAGAACCAUGAAGACAUGUUGGAGGAGGGUGGAGACCUCAUUACCGAAGUGGAUGAUGAGGAGGUAGCCCGGGGUGGAAAAGGCUUCUUCAAAAAGGUCGGCAAAGCGGUCAAGAAAGUCGCAAAAACGGUGGUCAAAGCGGUAGAAACGGUGGGCAAGUUCUUGCUCACGUUGUUCGCUUGCAUCGGUGACCUCUUUGAGUUUGUCACCACCGGCUAUGCCAAAGAUAUCGUUCCAGGGAACGUUGCCUUUGGGGCCGGAGUCACUGUAGGCGACAUGGCCACAGGACUCGUCAAUCUCAUAAACGGCAGGUCACCGGUAACAUGGAUCUCAAUCGACAUGGGCUUCGCAGUUGGCGUGACUGCAAAGGCAGUCUGGGCAGGGUUUGGUGUAGGCGUGGGUGCCAGCUGCAGUGCAGCUGGCUGUGCUGCGUACGUCAGUGUGGGCAUUCUUGGCACCGUCAACUUGCCCAUGUACGCGCCCACCAUAUUUUGUCCUUUCGGCCCAAUGAUUGGUGACCCAGUCACAGGCUUCGAAUGCUCUCAGGUCAUCGGCGGGUCCAUCUCCGCAUUCUGCUGUAACUUCAACAUGCUCACUGGCACGAAUGAUUGCCGAUAA